AUGCCCAUCUACCAAGACAAGGCUGUAAGGAUAGAGGAAGUCUCGACCUCAGAGCUGGACUCGCUGCUAGAAGAUGCUGAGGCGGUGGAGGAAGAGGGGAAGGUGGUGUACUCCGUUUCGCUGUACAUGGAUGAGCUAGAUACUUCGGGGGUCUCAGAGCUGGUCGAGCUGACAGACGUGAUAGGAGAGUCGGAAGAGGAUGUGUCAGAGGGUGUUACUGUCGGGACGGGCGUCUCGAUAGUACCAGAAUCACUGGUCAACGACUCCGACGGCGUCUCGGAAGGCAAGACGAAGCUGCUAGUGCCUGAAGUUACCGACUCAGUGUACGAAACAAGCUCAGAGUCCGUGGAUGAUUCGCUGAAUGAGGAAGACCAGUACGAAUAG